CCGCGGCGCGAACUGGUGACCGAGCGCCCCGCCCCCUGCGCGUGCGCACAAAGCCUGCGUGCCGCGUGCCUCCGCUUAAAGUGGCCGAGUCCCGGGCGCGAGCGUUGUGAGAGGGGCGGGAAGGGCUGAGGUGGGAGGAUAGCCUUCUGUUCGCAGCGUGCGCUUUGUCCUACGUUCCUUCAUCCCAGUGAGACUGAGCUGUGCGAGCACUUGUUGCUUGUGAAGGGCGGUUUGUUUUUCACUUUUAAGGGUAAUGCUGUGUGAUAUGUGCUUCUUGUUUCAGUGGAUGAGAUUUUGUUCACUGAUGUGAUAUGGGGCUGUAUUACAUAUAGCUUUCUGGCCACUCCUAAAAUUCCAGCAAAGCUGCUGUUGUAUACAACGUAAUUCUGUGUGUGUGUGUGUGUGUGUAUAUACUUUCACAGGCUAUAUGUGUACUUGCAGUAUGUGUGUGGAGGGGUGAAGAGGCAUCUUUAUUUGAAGAAACGGUAGUAAGAGGAUGAGCCAUGAAAAAGCAGGGCUCUCCCUGUACGACUCCCCAGGCUGCCCCGCACAUCCAUACAGCUGUGGAACUGACUGGGAAAGGCAAACCGUUCUGUGGACACUGUGUCCCCGGAAACUGCUGUGCUGUGCAAACUGACUGCUUCAAGAACUGGAAAAACUCUUACAGGUUAAUAGUCCUAGCGACUCUGCCCUGCCUCUUCCAUAAAGGCAAGGUCUUUCUGCUAUAGCUUUAGCCAUGGUAUUUUAGUGUAUCCAAGAAUCAUCUGCAUCUGUGCCAACAUAAGAUCACGUUCCACAGGACUUGAAGUAAUGUAUUUGGUACUGGUCUAGAAAAGAGGAGUAACAAGAAGGCUUACACCUCCAUAUUCUUUUUUCAACUACAUCAGUUGGACUAGUGAGAGAUAACACCUUCACCAGGACUAACUCUCAAAAGACAUUGAUGAAAGUUUGCUGAAGGUGUCUGGAUGGAAGUGCUGCAGCACGUCUAAAGUGGAACAAGAAGAGGACCGAACUCCAUCUCUGCUCUGACUUGGAGAAAAGAGUGCCACCUGCUGAGCGGAUGAGCCAGUUUUGCAAACACAAGAAAAGACUGGGUGUGGUAAUUAAACUACUGACCUGGGACUCAUCGGACAAACCCAGCUAUGCAUCAGAUACGCUUCAUAGUCAUGGUGUAAAAGCAAUGCAGAGUAUCAUAACACCUCAGUAUAUCUGGAGAAAAGACACAUUAUCUUCUGGGAAUUAUGGUAUCAGAACUGGCACUGUGCCUUGUUUGAAGGACCUACAACUAAGUGGACCCUACUGACCUGUGAACAACGAAGGAUAACAGUGAAAAGAAGUGUGAGAAGCACACAAAGAAAAAGGAAGUGGAGGCACUUUCAUUGGGACUUCUUUCCUGCCCUUUAUUACUAAUACUGAAUGGAAAAGAGAGAUUUAUGUGCCUUUUCUCCCCCAGUCUCAGGGAUGGGUGUAUUAUAAAUACGGUGUGUGCAGUUGGAAGAAUAGACUGAAUCAUGAAUCUUCAGGCUCAGCAAAAGUCUUCAACCAAAAGGACUGGGAAACGAAUGACUUAUUUUAAUGAGCAAGAUAUAACUGUGUCAUCAAAAGAGCCACAGCAGCAGCUUAAAGAAGGACAGUAUUAUGGUCAUGGAGGGAAUAUUCCAGCCUCCCAAACUAUGGAAAUUCCUCACACAGCAGGAUUAACGAGUGCCCCCAGCAAUGUUGCUUUGAUGAACUCGGUUUACAGUCAAGAUAGGGGAGAAUCAAUGAUGAUGUCCCAGACAGUAACAGCUGUCAAAUGGCAGAAUUCUCUAAUGGGAAACAGGUUGCCAGAGAGAGGUGAUGCCCACUGGCAAUCUCCAUCUGCAAUGUGGAACCACAGUAUGGUUUUUGGAAGCAAUCCAAAAGGACCCCAUGCCAAUGCAGGUGCCCCAGGCUUCUAUGGUCACCCAGAAGCCCUUAAAAGAAAUCAAGAGAAAGGAGUAUUUGUGUCUCAGAUGGAUUUGUAUGAAGAUGCAGUUCAACAAAUGAUGUCCCAGAAGGCUCAGCUGGAGCAGCAAGCUCUGGUUAGACAGCAAGCACAAAUGAAUUCCUUUCAUCAGAUGCAGAAACAGCAGCAGCAGAAUCAAAGUCUGCCAUUACAGCCUUUUCAGCUUGCAUUUGGUCACCAAGGCCAGAAGCAAGGACUUCCUGAAUUAUUGCAUGUCUUUCAAGAAGCCCCAGCUUCUUCCACUCCAGCGUUUACUGCUCAACAAAAACAGCAAGCUCUUCCGCAGCUACAACUGUUUGAAAAUUUCUAUCCUCAGCAGCAGCAACAGGCUGCCACACAAGCCUUUGGUCUACAGCAAACUACUUCCAUAGCACAGCCUCAUGUUGCAGCUGCAGCACCUCAGCAUCACAUGAUGGCGCACCAGUUUCAGCAAACGGAGAGGAACCAGGAACUAUUCAAGGCUCUAACAGAGCAGAACCAACAGACUGUUCUACCUCAGACCCAGAUUCCUUUUCCAAGAAGAUCACGGAGACUCUCCAAAGAAGGCGUCCUGAUGACAUCUACUGGAGAAGUGUUGGCUUCCAAGCAGGCAGAAGAACAAUCUGGCAAUUUAUUUCUCCAUCACUGGCAAGCGCAUCAGCAAGAGGUCCCAUUACAGCAGCCGGUUGAAUCACUGACCCAUAACAAAAGUAGCUAUUCACAUCCCAAGAGAAUGGAUCAGGGGCAGAAGGAUGUCCUAGCCAACAGUGAACCAUGCCAGGUGGAAACAGACAGGCACACCAUCGCUCAGAAUGGCAGAGAUGCGGAGAAACAGACAUUAGCAGCAGAAGAAAACACUUCAAGAACUAAUGACUUUCAGGGUGUUAGAGGUGGUGUAAUCCAAAGUACACGAAGGAGACGGCGUGUUUCUCAAGAAGCCAAUUUGCUAACUUUGGCCCAAAAAGCUGUUGAGCUGGCUUCUCUCCAGAACGUCAAGGAAUCGGAUACUUCAGAAGAGAAGAAAAGUGUGCUGAUAGCAGCUCCAGGACCUACAGCUGCUAAAAGUGUUGUGGAAUUUGCCAGUUCUUCACCAGCUCCCAAAAAACCCCGGGAGGAUAGCAGCCUUGUGCCUCUUAUCAUUCCUGUAUCUGUGCCAGUGAGAAAAAUUGACUUGCAAAACCUUGAAAAAGAGAAGUCUGAGGAUGGGAAAUUCCAGAGAGGCCAAACAAAUGAUCGAACUCCUUGUGAACGCAAGCCUUCUGUGAUAGUCACUCGGAGGCGAUCUAAUCGUAAUACUAACAUGGAAACCUCAAAUCAGCAUGAACAUGCUGUUCCAAAGGAUGAAGCAGAGGGCUUUGCCCGGAAACCAAAGCAGCGCCCAAGACCUGAGCCACUCUUCAUACCACCAAAAGCUGGCACCUUUAUUGCACCACCUGUUUAUUCUAAUAUUACACCGUAUCAGAGCCACUUACGGUCACCUGUCCGUCUGGCAGACCAUCCUUCUGAUAGGAACUUUGAACUACCUCCUUACACUCCUCCACCAAUUCUUAGUCCAGUGAGAGAAGGAUCUGGGCUAUAUUUUAAUGCUAUCCUCUCUUCAAGUGGUCAUCCGGUUCCACCUCCAAUGACUCCUAAAAGUGCUCACAGAACUCUGCUUAGAUCAAACAGUUCAGAGGUUACGCCUCCUGUUCUUUCUGUGGUGGGAGAAGCCACCCCAGUCAGCAUUGAACCGCGUAUAAAUGUAGGAACUCGCUUUCAAGCAGAAAUCCCUUCACUCCAAGACAGAUCUCUGGCAGCAGCUGAUGAACAUAAAGCAGAGCUGGUGUGGCAGCCAUGGGGCGACCUGGAAACCAACAGAGUCACCCAACAGAAUGUGGAAAGCCUGCUAGCUGCUGCCUGCUCAAGCAUUUUUCCUGGAGGUGGAACCAACCAGGAGCUGGCACUGCAUUUCUUACAUGAAGAAAAGGGAAGCAUUCUGGGAGCUCUGACCAAGCUGCUAUUGAAGGGGCCAGUACGAUCACCUACCCAUCCACUGGCAGAUUAUCACUACACAGGAUCCGACAGUUGGAAAGUUGCUGAAAAGAAGCUUUUCAACAAAGGCAUUGCGAUCUACAAGAAGGACUUUUUCUUAGUCCAAAAGCUGAUAAAAACCAAGACAGUGGCUCAGUGUGUGGAAUUCUAUUACACGUAUAAGAAGCAAGUGAAAAUUGGUCGGAAUGGGACCUUAAUUUUUGGGGACAUAGAUGUUGCUAAUGAAAAGUCUGUGCGAGAUGAAGCUGAAGUUGACAUCAAGAGUUCCCACAGGUUUGCACGUGUUCUUCCUCUCAGAAGGGACUUUUUCAGUGAAGAACAGGGGCACUUGGAAGAUGAAGAAGAGGAGGAAGAGGAAGCAGAGGAAGGGUUGGAUAACAGAAAGAAGAGCACACUCCUUCUCAAAGAUGAACAGACACUACAGGAUGAUUUAAUAGCCAAUGAUGCCCAUAUGAGGAGUCGAGAGGCAACUGUUACAGGCAGAAUUGGAAGAAGGCCGAGGGAGACGACCAUGAAGCCUCGAAAGCUUAUUCCUGCUCCAGUUCAGAGGAGGCGGCGAAAACAGAAGAUAAAAUCAGAUGUUACCAGUAAAAUCCAGAACACAGAAAAUACAUUUCCAUGUAAAAAGUGUGGCAGGGUGUUCUACAAGGUGAAGAGUCGCAGUGCUCACAUGAAGAGCCAUGCGGAGCAGGAGAAGAAGGCAGCCGCACUGAAGCAGCAAGAGAGAGAGGCAGCAGCAGCAGCAGAGGCGGCGGCAGCAGCAGCCCACAGCCAGGCUCAGCAGGAAGAGAGCAGUGAGAGUGGGGAAAGCAGCAGUGGAAGCAGCAGUGGGAGCUCGGAUGAGGAUGGAGAAAUAUAGCAGCAAGCUAGAAAUGGAGGGAGUAGCAAGGCUGGACCUAUCACCCUCUCAGUGGUUUCACAUUUUUUGCUUGUGCUUUUCUGACCUGAACCAUCAGGUCUCAGUUUCAGUGCUGCAGCCUCCUCUUGCCACAUGUUCCACUUCACCUUGCCAGUACUGACCAAAUCAGAGUGGCAGACAAGAAGAUCUGUUUCAGCUUGGAUUUAAAAAAAAAAACAAA